GCGGCGAGAGAGUUCGAUUCGCUUCCGGCUCCUCGGGGCUCCUCUCUCAUUGGACGGUUCCGCGCGUUGCCCCGGUUGCCGGGCGGCGAGGCUGUGAUUGGCUGGUCAGCGCGCAGACGCUGUGGCUCUGCGAUGGCCGGGAGGAACGUGGUGUUCGUGACCGGCAAUGCCAAGAAGCUGGAGGAGGUCCUUCAGAUCCUCGGGGAUGCCUUUCCGUACAAACUGGUUGCAAAAAAAAUUGACUUGCCGGAAUACCAAGGGGAACCAGACGAUAUCUCCAUUCAGAAAUGCCGGGAAGCAGCAAACCAGAUUCAGGGUCCUGUUAUAGUGGAAGACACCAGUUUGUGUUUUAAUGCCUUGGGGGGCCUCCCAGGGCCAUACAUAAAAUGGUUUCUAGAGAAGUUAAAACCAGAAGGUCUGCACAAACUGUUGGCGGGGUUUGAAGACAAGUCUGCGUAUGCUCUCUGCACCUUUGCAUUCAGCACGGGAAAUCCAGAGGACCCGGUAAAGCUGUUCAGAGGCCAAACUUGUGGUCGCAUUGUUGAACCCAGAGGCCCCAGAGACUUUGGCUGGGAUCCUUGCUUCCAGCCUGAUGGUUACGACCAGACGUACGCAGAGCUGCCCAAGGCAGUGAAGAACUCCAUCUCUCAUAGGUACAGAGCACUGAAAGAGCUCUCCAGUUACUUCAGUCAGCAGAACAACCCAGCAGAGGCAGCCUCCAGUCCCAGUUAGGUUCCAAUGUCUUGGGAUACAUCCACCCUGCCAUAAAACCCCACAGCACCCGAGCUUCAGCCCAGCUCAAUUUGACUCAGGGUCGCGGGGCUUGGGCUGCUGGGCUAAAACUUGCAUUCUCCUCAGGCAGGAAGCUGGCUCAGAGACCUUCCCCGUCUGGUCGGUUUUCAGAGUCUGGCCUCUAGCCAGAACUCGAAUGUUUACAGUGCCAUUUUUAGUCCUGCAGCCAGAGCCCUAUGCACCAAAAUCAGCUGACCCAGGCCAGGUGCAAGUCUCUGAUUGCAAUGAAGAUGUACCCUUCGGACACCAUUCUUUUCCAAAGACUUGUAUGUGAAAUGUGGGGUCCUUUUAGGGUUGUCUGUGCAGUCUAUGUAGAAUAAAGCUGCUCACUUUAAAACUGGCAUGGUUUUCUGUUCCCUUUUGUUCCUUCUGAGGAGUCUGCAAAAGCCAGUGGGUCUGUUCUGAUUUGCAGGGGCUGAAGUGUACUGGGUACAGUUUGAUAUCAGCAUUAUCACACAGUUUGUCCCUGGAUAGUGGCGUUUGUGCAGCUCAUUCCACCGCUUCUGUUUUCUGCUAUGCUGCUGCCCUAUCAACAGGAUUUUGGUAGGUGGUGGAAAGGUCAGUCAGUCGUUGCACAAAAUCAGUGGGGAGAGAUGACCCUCAUUUUCCCUUUCUCCCUCUUUUCAUGUAUUAUAACCCUGGUAGCUAAAAAGCCUCUAUAAAGUAUCUGACAGCUAGCCUAACCAUAUGAAAAUGUUAUGCAAAGGUCCCUACCACAUCCAGAUGCAAUUUACAGCAGUAGUUUGCUGUGUACUGAUGGAAGAAACAAGACAAACACAUUUAAGUAAUUUACCUGGACCUUCUGCCUUAAUACAUUGAUUGUAGCUUUUGCAGUAACUACUGUAUCCUCACACCUGUGCUCCUGUGAUUUCCUGCUGGAAUUUUGGGGACUAUAUUCCUCUUACAGAAGCGUUAAAGGAAUACUAUUCUCCCCCAAAGUAGUGCUACAUCAUAAUUCUAAUCCCCUCUGUAAUGAAUCUAGUAAACUUGAUGGGUGGUACUAAAAAAAAAAAAA